GGUAGGGGGCGGCGGCGAGCGGCUCUCGGGCGUCGGUGAGUCAAAGUAAAAGGAGGUGAAGAAGUGAACUUUGGUUUGUACCUGGGCGAAGAUGCUUGUUAGGAAAUGACAGCUGUCUUGCGGUCUGUGUGUGCUCGUGUUGUCAGGCUGUCUGGUGUCGUCCAGGCGCUGACUGACUGACUGACCGAUGCCUUCAUGAUGCUGAGCUGCAGCGCCCUGGUCGUCGCCCUGCUGCUGUCCCAGGCCCGAGGCUUCCUGAGCCCCCCCGAGGACGACAGCAUCCCCGAAGAGUGGACGCUGCUUCACGUGGUUCAGGGCCACAUCGGGGCCGGGAACUACAGCUACCUGCGCCUCAACCACGACGGCAGGAUCAUCCUGCACAUGCAGAGCCUUAAGGGGGACGCCGACCUCUACGUUUCAGACAAAACCCUGCGGCCGAGCUUCGACACCUACAAGCUGCAGUCGGCCACCUGCGGCCAGGAUGUGGUGGUGGUCCCGGGGGACUUGGUGAGGCCCGUGGGCAUCGGCAUUUACGGCCAUCCGUCUCACAAAGAGAGCGAGUUUGAAAUGCGGGUGUUUUACGAUCAGACGGUUCCCCAUGACCCGUUCGAAAGGGGCUCGGACACUUUCAAAGACGGAGAUAAGAAGAAGAAAUCCCCUCAGGCGACCGAGGAGGAGGACGACUAUCAGGAAGAGGAGUCGAUCUUUUGGACAAUUCUAAUUGGACUUUUGAAGAUUAUACUGGAGAUUUUGUUUUGAAAAUGGUUCCCAUUUGUUGCUGCUGUGACACUACGAGGAGAUUCGGCCUCCUCUUUUUCUGUAGGCUCAGUCGGCCUCGAAACCUUCAGAGAAGAUUAUUUUCUCCCGUUCUGUGAGGUCGAGAAAAUGUCGCACCGCUCCAGUGAGAAUUCUGCCGUUUUAGCAAUGCCUUUCCUUAUGAUCAAACAUGCAUACUUGAUUUUUAAAAGAAGUUGACACUGAGUUUUUCCAUUGAAGCCUGACUAAUCAGAAAACCUUUAACAAAGUCUGCAUGUUUGGUGAUGAGUAAAUGAACACGAGCCUCUCCGAUUCAGCAAAUGUCGUUUUGGUGUCCUCAUAAAAUUACGGUGGAAAGCCAGAUCACUAAAUUUGGGCUAAAUUUUUGAUUUCUAUAUUGCACUGCAGUUCAACCGAAAGGGCAAAAGGGGAAUAUUUCUGCAGUUUUAAAGUUUAUCUUUAAUACAACACACACACACACACACAUGCUCUACCUAAGUUUAAAGCGUUACUGUUACUGUUCCUCCUGUCCAUACUGGUCAUGAAAUGAUCCUUUCUGAUGGGGAAUAACGUCCUUAAAAUCAGUAUGCUUCAAAGGAACUACGUCUAAAGGCAGAAGUGUGUCUCAAAGGCCGGAUAAAAAGCCUGUCGUCAUAUAUCUUGGUCCCGACUGAUCCCACUGCUUCCCUGAUCGCUCUUCGAGAACUCUUAAAUCGCAUAAACUAGGACGAGGUACACGCUUUCCGACACUCUUCUUUAAAGAUCACACGGAAAGCGACCGAAGUAGCUUGCGUGAAGCCGCCUCCUCCUCGUGAUCCGCGGUAAAACCGCGAGGUAGGGCACAGAGCACGGAGGCAAAGUGCAGCGCAGGUUCACGUCGUCGUUGCUUCUGGCUUCUGGCUUUGGUUGCACCUUUUUAAAAAGAUCAGCGGCAAUGAGGUCAAAGUUGAAAUAAUUUUGAAUUUUGAGCGCUACGCUCCGCGGCAAUUUUGAGCGUGUGUGCCACUCCGAGGGUAGCUCUUCCUCCGAGUUGUCUCCACCUCUCUCUCUCUCUCUCUAUAUAGGAAAACAACGGCACAGCCGGCGCAGAGCGGUUUCACCGCGGAUCUUAGGCGGCUUUAAGAAUGGAAAGAUAGAUCUUGAGUUCAAAUUUCUCACAUCCGGCAAAAUCACCGGUAAACGUGGGGUGUCUGUUGUCAGAAAAAAAAAAAAGAGCAGGUUAGACACAUUUUUGACAAAGACUUCGGUCUUUAAAGACAAAUCCAGUUAAUUUAGGAUCUCCUAAAUGAUGUGAGGAGGUUUUUAGCGGAGAAAAGAAAUGUUAACGGACAGUCAAACAGCAGGUCUGAUGGAUGCAAACAGGACCGGUAGGUUCUUAUUAAAUGCUGUACAGCUAAGUUUAGCAUUUCUGUAACAAAGUGAAAUCCCAACUUCUAGGUUCUUUUCCAGAUGUAA